UUUUUGUUCCUGGCAAUAUGACCCCGGAAAUUGUUCCUAACGUCCUCAACCUUGUGCUGCUCCAGACGACUUUAUGUUCAGUUCCCCUCGUCUUGAAGCUCCUGUCACUGAUGAAACAGAAAGGUCUCCGGCUGACAGUGUCAUCUGCGGCAGCAUUCUUAUGUAGUCCAUUCACAUGUCGCCCAAUUCUUCAAAAUACUGACGUUGAUUUAAAAGCUAUUGUGCACUCGCCGGAGUCAGUGUAUCGAAUUCUGUUAUCAGAGGUGGCCAGGAACUGCUGUGAAGAGGGGCAGUGCUGGUUCAGGUCGCCCAUGAUGACGGAUUUGUGUUGGCGUGGCAUUAGAGAAGGACGUCAUUUCCUUGUGCUUAUGCUGCUCCAUCUCGGCGUGCACGAAUUAUUCCUGCCCACGGACGUAACAGAAAUUGCAGAGGAAAAUGAAGAAAGCAUGCGACUCAUGAUCUCAAUUGUUCACCGUUAUGCUCCGAGGUGGAAGCUUCGGACUCCUACGCCUUCUGGGUCUCGUUGCGACGACGAAAUGAGGCCGCUGAAAUAUCGCUAUCGUCCAGAAAACGAGGUGGCACUUUUAGAUCAAACGGCGCCGCUGCGGUCGCUGCAGGAGCUGUGUCGCCUCUCCAUCCGCGCCUCCCUCGGCCACUGCAGGAUUGAAGAGAAGACGGAAGGCUUGCGAGACGUGUUGCCAGCUCCUCUUAGAGAAUACCUUUACUUCCGCCACGACUUCCUCAUCUUCCCUAAGAACGACGAUAGUUUGUAGGACCGUUGAUACUGUGACUCGUGUUGCCUGGGACCGUUGUUACGGUGACUCGUAUUGCCUGGGACCGUUGAUACGGUGACUCGUGUUGCCUGUGACCGUUGAUACGAUGACUCGUCUUGCCGGGGACCAUUGAUACUGUGACUCGUGUGGCUUGGUACCGUUGAUACUGUGACUUGUGUUGCCUGGGACCGUUGAUACUGUGACUCGUGUUGCCUGGGACCGUUGAUACGGUGACUCGUCUUGCCGGGGGCCAUUGAUAUUGUGACUCGUGUGGCUUGGUACCGUUGAAACUGUGACUCGUGUUGCCUGAGACCGUUGAUACUGUGACUCGUGUUGCCUGGGACCGUUGAUACGGUGACUCGUGUUGCCCGAUACCGUUGAUACGGUGACUCGUCUUGCCUGGGACCGUUGAGACGGUGAUUCGUCUUGCCUGGGACUGUCGAUACGGUGACUCGUGUUGCCUGGGACUGUUGAUACGGUGACUCGAUUUGCCUGGGACCGUUGAUCCGGUAACUCGUCUUGCCGUGACCGUUGAUACGGUGCAUUUCAAGUUGUGAUGAUUCACUGAUACAGCGUUGAACCCAAAAUUUAUCACUAAAUUUAUUAAAAUUUUAUUGCGGCUGAUGCGAGAUUAUUUUUUGGGCUGAUGCGAGAUUAUUUUGGUGACAAUAGUGGGACAGAGGCGGACGUCCAGGGAGUGUGCUCAAAGACAUGUUAAGGAUUCCUUGUCAGACGGGAGUGUAACUUAGACUGUUCUUGUGGUGGUAUUGACGCCAAGUGAUGUCUUCUUCUGGCAUUUUUCAGGAUUUUAUUAGGCUUUCCAUUUCAUAUCUUUUUCACGUUCUUUUUCUUGUAAUUUGUCGUAAACAGCGCAGCAAAUUUAUUAUCUGUUUGUUCUGCAUUUUUUCUUGUCCUAGUUUAAAUUUUUUUUUAUCUCUGGAAAUCGCGCAGCUGUCGUUCAAUAAUGUCACAUUGUUGAUGGUAUUUCUGUUGCCAUUAAUCAUUUAGAAAGGAAUAAUGUCUACGACAGAUAAUGUAUUCUUAGACAGAGCGUGAUAUUUUUUGCUACAUUUAACCACAAGAUCUAUAAAUCCAGA